UGGAUCGCGCAAACAUAACCCAAACCCACGAUUCAUGGAGUUCUUCAUCGCCUUCUCAUGGAAAAACCGCAAAGAGGGUUUUUUCUGAUGCUUGAUGGCUGUGGCGGCGAUGAUCGGUGGUGGCGGUAUCGGGAGAGCACGACUCCCAGCUUUCCACCGUGAUGGGCGCUUUGCUUUCGAUCCAUCCUCUCCCCAGUUUGCUCGAGGGCGACUGACGAUCCGGAACGCGCGCGUCGCGAAUGUGGAGAUCCCAAACAACAAGCGCAUCGAGACAUCGCUCCAGUACAUCCACGGCAUCGGCCAGACAACCGCCAGGCAAGUUCUUCUUGACGCUGGGAUUCUAAACAAGAAAACGCAAGAGCUGUCCGAGGAGGAGCUCUCCAAGAUCCGCGACGAAGUUGGCAAGUAUAUGAUCGAAGGAGACCUUGUGAGCUUUCUUUCUUUCUUUUUGCCUUCUCUGGAGGUUGAUCGAUCAAAACUCUUGCAGCGGCGAUUCAACCAGCUCAACAUCCAGCGUUUGAUCGAUAUCAAGUGCUAUCGGGGGUUGCGACACCUUGCCGGAUUGCCAGUCCGAGGCCAAAGAACACGAAACAACUGCCGGACUCGCAAAGGCAAGAGGAGAACCAUAGCUGGCAAGAAGAAACCCACGAGAUAAGUUUGUGUUCAAGAUGCAAUCAACCGCAGCUUGCUUCCGCGUG